AUGAGCUUUAAUAAUAAGAUUAGAACUGCCAUUGCUUAAAAUUAGUUGGGGACAAUGAUCACGUGUUUGGGCUUUCAAAGGUCAAUGUAGAGUAUUAUUAUCUUUGAUUAUUAGAAUCAUAAAAAUUUUAAAUAAAUGAAUUAGAAGAAAAAAUGAGCAUCAAUAUUGUAAAAGAACGCCUGAAUAAGCUAAAUAAAGAAAUUUGA